AUGUCCAAACGUCCUCACCGCUCACCGUCCCCCUCUUCCCCACCUCCACCUUCCCAACCCUCGAAAUACACCCGCUCGGUCUCUCCAUCAGAUACACUUGUCCCAUCAUCAUCAUCGAAUAUGACUCCAUCAAUCCCUCCUCCAACAACAAUAACCUGCACCCUCCCAACAUGUCCCCAAAGAACCCACCAAACAACCGAAAGCUUCGAAAACCACUAUACUAAAUUCCACAUAAACCGAUGUCACGAUUGUCUCAAAAACUUCCCGACUUCUAGAAUAUUGGAAUGUCAUAUUCGGGAGAAUCAUGAUAUGUUCGCUGUCGUGAAGAGGGAGAGAGGGGAGAAGAUUUAUGCAUGCUUCGUCGAAGAUUGCGAUAAAGUAUGUAUCUCCUUCGGAAAGCGAAGGGCGCAUUUAAUCGAUAAACACUACUAUCACAAGAACUUCAACUUCUCAAUAGUAGACUCCGGCAUCGACCGUGCAAUAUCCCUACUCACCACCUCCCCUCCUCGAAAAAGUCGAACAAGAGUCCGAAGGGUCAGCGAAGCUUCAAACAAUCCGACUUCUACCUCCAAUAUCCCUACUCCUACUUCUAUUACUACUACUAGUAGUAGUACAAACGACAACAUCACAAAACCAACAGGGAAAAACGAUAACAUCAGUGAAGAAAAUAAAAUGGAUAUCGACAGUGAGAGUAUACCACUAGAAAACUCGAAUAUCAUACAUCAUCAACAACAGCAACAACAACAACAACAACAACAAAAACAGUCAAGAAAGCAUACAAGGUCUAUAUCUGAACCUUCAACAGCAACAGUAAAGGAGGAGGCAAAAUAUGAUGAUGAUAGUAGUAAAAAUAAUACGGGAACGGAAGAGAAAGUGAACGGUGGGAAGGUAGAUGAAGAUAUAGAUAUGGCGGAUUUAGCAUCGAAAAUGAGUGCCAUUAGAUUCGUGCCGCCCAGUGUGGUACGCUUUGGAAGAAGAGGGGGUGGGAGUGGAUUUUCGAGGAAAUAA